UCCUGUAGUCCUUCGAAAGACAAACACAAGCCAGCUGCAGAAAGUAGCCUUAAUUGAUGUGUGGAAAAAGUUGUUAGUUGCGCUAAAUUAUUAAGAUAACAAGCAACUAUGGCCCAUUAUAGGACUUCAAACGAGUCCAAAAGGGAACAAUUUAGAAGAUAUCUGGAGAAAUGUGGAGUUCUUGACACUUUGACAAGUGUGUUGGUGGCGCUCUAUGAGGAGGCUGAUAAACCCAGCAAUGCUUUGGAUUUCAUAAAGCUUCACCUGGGAGCUGCUGGUCCAGAGCCUGCUGACACUGAGGCUUUGAGAAUGGAGCUGUCGGAUUUACAACAGAAGUGCAAUAUGCUGAUGGAGGAGAACAAGGAGCUCAGGAACAGGCUGAUGCAGUAUGAGCCAGCGCCUGAUGAGGGAGCAGCUGAAUAGAGGAGAGAGGUGUAAUGGAGGAAAAAGAAAGAAAAAGAUUGUAGUAUUUUUGUAUUGCCUCUUUGUUUAUCAUGUAAUUAUGGAUGUACAGUGAACACAAAACACUGAUUCUUUUGUUAUUUAACAUGAUGCUACACCUACCUUCUCAAAAUAAAUCCUUUUUUUCCC